AUGAACGCCCCAUCUGUAGUGGACAUACUGGCUCCGAUCACAGAAUUCGGCUGGAAGAUGUAUCUUCAGACCACUGAUGAAAAAGACAGGAUCAAACACGACGACGCCGACAUUGCCGUCCUCCUCGACGAAGUUGUGUGCACCACUGCCCCGAUGGAAUACGACCCUCAGGUUCAACCCUCCGCCAAAUCUACCCAGCUGGUGUUCAACUCCGUGUACGACAACAGGACAAAACACGACCACCAACAUCGUUUCGUCACCCAGAAGGAGACGGUUGCUACAGCAACGGUGGAGAUGACAGAAGGUUUCACCAGCGGAAGUGACGUCGGAUUUACAAUCAACACGCCACCACAAGUUGCCAAGGCAACGUCCGGCUUUGGACGAGAGGUGGUCAUCAAAUCAGUGACCACUCACACUGUUGAGAAAUCGUUGUCCUGGGCGGUGGACGCACAAGUGUUGGCGCCGUCGAAAUCAAGAACCAUUGCUAAGUUGGAGGUCAUGGAACACACAUUUGAAAGCGAGUUUAAGGCCUAUGUCACUUUGGUGGGAAAGGUGAAGGUCAGGAUUUCCAGAUCCUGUGACGGGAAGUUUUUGAAGAUGAUCCAGAAUCCUAUCGGAACCAUUCUCGGGGAUCGGUUGCCGAAAUUUAAAGUAAAAGUGAAUGAGUCAUGGAAUCAAGAUGGCAUCAAAACAAAGGACAAGAGUGCCAGGUUUUGUGUGAAGGGGCGUGUCACUUUCAACUAUGGCGUGUCCCAGAAUGUGGAUGUCUCUCAAACCAAACUCCCACAAUCACCAGCUGAGUGA